AUGGCAUGUGACCAGCUCAGCUUUGAGACAUUACACGGUCAGGUCGAUGGCUUCGCAAGGGAUACAAUGGUGGCUGCAGCAGGGACAAGAUACGCAAAUGUCGCCCGAUUGCUAAUAGAUGCUGGUGCAGAGGUCGAUUCGAUGGACGACCACAACCUGACGCCCUUUUACUAUGCCAUCAAGCAUGGCUGCAACAUUACCGCCCGGCUUCUUCUUCAAUUCGGAGCGAAUGUCAAUACUGUGGGUAACUCGGGCCAAACUCCGGUGGACGUGGCCACUACCAGAAGCGAGGAAGCCACCGUACGAUGGUUGCUUGAGGCUGGAGCAGAUAUCAUGAUACAUGAUACAACUCGCCGGUCACUCUUUCGAUGGUCCAUCCUCACGGGGGAAGAAAAACUUGUGCAGAUGCUGCUCGAUGCCGGUACAGACGUGGCCAUUGCGAAUACAACCGAUGAGGUCGGUGUAAGUCCAUUUCACUUGGCCAUCCUCGAAGGUCGGAAUUCUGUUAUACAGAUGCUGCUCGAUGCUGGCUUAGACACGAAUAUGCUCGACGGGUUUGGUGGAACGUCGCUUACGACAGCCAUCCGCCAUGACCUCGAUUCUAUUAUAAAGAUGCUGCUCGAUGCUGGUGCCGAUCCAAAUUUAGUCGACAGCUUGGGUUCAAGUCCCCUUGACACAGCCAUACGCAACAGUCGAGAUUCUGUUAUACAGAUGCUGCUCGAUGCUGGCGCCCAUCCAAAUAUGACCGACGAGUCGGAUAAAAGCCCGCUUGACUGUGCCAUCGUCGAGGACCGGGAUUCAAUUGUACGAAUGCUGCUCGAUGCCGGAGCGGAUCCGAAUGCAGCCGGCGACUUGAACAGAAGUCCGCUUGAAGUCGCCGCCUGCGAUGGCCGGGUUUCUGCUAUGCAGAUUUUGCUCGAUGCUGGAGCUGACCCGAAUGCAAAAGAAUCUCUAGGAUUAAACCAUCUUACAGCAGCAGUCCUCAAUGACAGUGAAUCUGUUUUACGGGUUCUGCUCGAUGCAGGUGUUGAUCCGAAAGUGAGCGACAUGCCAGGCUUAACUCUGCUUGAAUUAGCCGCUUUACGCGGCCGGGAAUCUGUGGUCCGCAUUCUGCUCGAUGCUGGUGCCGAUCCGAAUGCUAGCGAUGGUCAACAAAUGCGAUCGCUUGGAGCAGCCGUCUCCCAAGGCCGGGAAUCUGUGGUGCGGAUGCUGCUCGAUGCUGGUGCCGAUGUCACAUUGUACGGUGAGGGACUGCUUCUACUAGCCAAAUCCCGAGGCCAAGAUUCGAUUGUACGGAUGCUGACCGAGGCUGGUGUGGAUGUGGGACUGGACGACGUUGAUGGCGUGAAUCUUCCUCAAAUUGCUCAUAGCUAG